AUGAGGUCAAGCGGGGUCACUUUUUUGCGUCGCGUCAUCAAUAGCCCGUAUCACCCAUUCUACGUCAAAAUCAAACCAGAUGUAUGGCAGAAACGUGAACAACUGAGGAGAUUUGUUGCUUGGCAGUAUGGUUUCCAACGAACUACUGUACGAAGAGGUUUACAGAAAUUGAAUAAACUAUACACAUAUCUGAAUAUGCAACGUGAAGAUGCUCCGAAAUUGGAAAGAUUUUAUGCAGAAAAACGAGUGAAGGCAGCUCUCGCCGAGUAUCAUUUCGAUUAUGCACCUUUUCGGAAUAUGCUUGCAAAAGCACAUGUUCUAUUAGACAACAUUGUCAUCUCGCAGCUUGCAAUUUACGAACCAGAAUCCUUCAAGAGUUUGGUUAUGCUGACAAAACAAAUGGCACUCGAAGAUGGACGUUCGGUAGUCACGGAUGAAGAACAAAGGAAUGUGCAUACUGAUCAAUCACUAUUUGGUACUCCAUUCGAACAGUCUAAAGUGUUUCCUCGAGGAGCUGCAGAGAAUCACCAAAAGCCUCCAAGGCCACUCAAAAUUACGGAGUAUUGA